CAGGAGAACCACAACAGGUCAUGCGAUCUUUGGAAUGCAGUCAGUGGGUGCAUGCUCUGCCCGGGUCAAAGGUUGCUCGCUGUACCAAAUGCAGUGCUUUACGCUCUGCAGUAAAGCAGGCCCGCUGGAGGCGUGACAAAAUGAAGCGUGCAUCAGGUGACAGCCCUCAGAUCCCUGCAAAAAGAAAAAGAUGGGACUAUAUGAGUGACCAAGAGAAGAGGCAAAAGUACAACACCGAACAAACGAGACGAACAAAAGCAGAGAGUAAAACAGACUACUACAAAGGAAAGUACGACAGUCUGAAAGAGUCUAUACAGCUCACAAAGGAAGACCAUAAGGACAUGACCGACAUAUUCAACAACAUAGACAGUGAUGUGACCAAGCUGUUCCCUAAUGAUCCCAGAAAGAGGCUCCUGUGGACAAUUCAGCGAGACCAUGUGCAAAACAAGAGGAAUCAAUGGAAUGCAGAAUUCUUGGACGUCUGUCUACAACUAUGGCAACGGAGCAAGCAAGGAUACGCAGACCUCCGGGACAGUGGGUUUCUGAAGCUGCCGUCAGAGAGACUCCUGCGGUACAAGAAAAACAAGGUGAAUCAGAGGCCUGGUCUACAUGCAGAAGUUAUGCAGUGGAUGGACGAUGAGGCAAGACAGCAAGGUGUGACUGAAAGAGGGCGACAUGGCUUCAUAGUCUUCGACGAAAUAAAAAUACAGGGAAGCAUCCAGCUCCGCCGGGUGGGCGAUCAAUUUGAAAUAGCUGGCCUUGUCGACCUGGGGGACUUCUACCACAGCAUGCGGUCCCUUCAGACAGCAGGGGACCAAAAGGCUGAGAUGGCCACACAUGUGUGCCAGCUGGCAUUUAAAGGGUGUGAAGGAUUCUUCUUCCCGUUUGCUUGGUUCCCAACCACAGAAAUCGCACCGAUAAGUAUUUUCCACUGCCACUGGGACAGUGUUUUCUAUCUAAAACAGUUCAAAUUCUAUUCACGUGCUUGCUUAUGUGACGGGGGCCAAGCAAAUCGAGAUUUUAUCCUUGCACACUUCAAGUCCAGUGAUGAUGCCAUUACCAACCACUUCACAAUCAACAACAUGUAUGGAGAUAGCAGCUAUGCCUUCAUCAUGGAUCCACCCCACAUCAAAAAACUGAGAAACAACCUGGAAAAAAGUACAAUGACAGGAACAGCGAGAAGCUUCAAGGUGGGAGGGAAGCACAUCCUUUGGUCACACUUGAAAGAAUCUUACCUUCAUGACAAAACAAAUGCCAGGGCACCAGUGACAUCCUCCAAAAUCAAGGAUGGCCAUUUUCAGCUCACCCCAGCAACACGGAUGCGUAACCACCUCGCAGCAGAUGUAUUCAGCAAUGACAUGCUUGAACUGUUGGACAAUUACCAGGAAUUCAAGAAAGACCAGAAGGGGGAUCUGGACUCCAUGAGCAAAACAAGAGAAUACCUGGUUGCAGGCAAUGUGUUUGUCAGAACGUUUGCCAACACCAAACCAAUAAGGACAAUGGAUGACCCCAGGCUAGUGCAACUAGAUGGAGCCCUGCAAUGGUUCCUGGAUUGGAAUCAGGAAGUAAAGGAAAGUGUCAAUGUAACAGCAAAGGAGAGAAAUAAAUCAUAUAUAUCUGACAAACUACACUUUGACCUAUGUUCCAUGGUGCUUGGUUUUAAGUCAUAUGUCCACACCAUGACAACCCAGUUUCCAGGGACAGGGCUAGUGUCUGCCCAUACCAACCAGGAUGCCUUGGAAAAUAUGUUCGUUUGUGUCCGUGCAUCAAAUGGAAGUAACACCAACCCCACCAUUCUGCAGUAUGGUCCAUCUGUGAAUGGAUAUAUCCACUGCCGUUCUUUCAAAGUCCGAAAUGGAAAUGCAUCUAGAAAGUACUGAUCCAUUUCUGGGGUUAAAUUAUCCAUGUCAAGUAACACCUUCAUACUAGGUUGUAUUCAGAUACAAAAUAUGUCACAUGAAAUGGACUUUAAAUACAACCUGUGAUACAAUCUUAACAUAAUAUAAAACCUUUGGUGUAUGUUAUUUAGUGUGACUAAAGCCAGACAACUUUGAUUGCAUCAUAUUGUUUCCUUCCUGUUGAUUUCUUUGGUAUGUACUGACAACAAUUUGGAUGUUGCACAUGUACUACCAUGUAGAACUCUUGUUAAAAAUAGCCCUCUAGAUACAUGUAGCAUGUACAAUGCACUAAAAUGGGCAAAACUUAACUCUAAACUUCUUAUAGCUGUGUGUACAUAUACAUUGUACUAAUUUUGGAAAGGGCGGUGUUUCCAAAACAUAUAUUGACACCAGUGUUCUAGCCAGCGUCCAUCUUUCUGUCAUAAUCUUGCUGCUCAUGAAAGACUAAAAUUUGGCCCAAUCCAUCAUAGUUGAUGGACAAAAAUUGGAAUGUAAGGAUACGUCAUGGCACAAUGCUCCAUGCCUUUGGCUCGACAUGAUGUUACAUGUGACAACAAAAAAUUUCAGGCUGGCUAAAACACUGAUGCACACAUUUACAUGUAUAUUACAGUGAUUUGUUUUAGUCUUCAAUUGAACAUAUAUAAUAACGUAUUUAUUUAUCAUUCUGGAUUGUUUCUUUUCUUGAAUGAAGUAUGCCAUCUUUUUAUUUGAGAGGACUGUACCCCAAACUGAUCUGCUCUUGUUUGGUGCAGAUGAACUGGGUUACCAUUCACAUGGUCAUCCCUCAAAAUUCGGAUUUGGUCCUCAGUGGGACAAAACCUCCGAGCCCGCUGUCGAACAGUCUCUCUGCCCUGUGUGCUUUCAGUAGCUGAGUUGUUUAAGUUAUUAUCAACUGAGGUGGCUCCCACAGGUGGAUGAUCCUCUGGUGGUGUUACUUGUAUGUUCUGUACUUGUGGAACCUUGCCUUUUUUGAGAUCCUCAAGGUUCUUUGAUGUGAGACGAUGUGAAUAAACCAUGCUGUCAUUUGAUUUCAGUACUUCA